GUUUAGUAAUGUUCAAGACAAAUUUCACUAUGUAAAACCAAAUCGUAAUGGUUUUCGUUUAUUGACUACAUAGCUUAGACGUAAACAAACAAAACGCGCUAAGGUUUUUAUAAUUUUCAAAUAUAUAUAUGGCAUGGACGUAAAUUCUCUAUUUACACUGAAACCAGCACAUUCUUUUCGUGAUAACUCGAUUGGAUCCGUACUAAGCAGUCUUGAUUUUGAUGAUAGGGGAGAAUAUUUAGCAGCGGCAUGUUCUGCUGAUGGAGCCGUUCAAAUAUACGAUGCUUUCGAUCCAAAAUUGGUGAAAACAGUAUUUUGUCCGGAAAUGGGAUUGGAAAUUGCACGGUUUAGUCAUCAUUCCAAAAACUUGCUCUUAUCUACCAAAAAAGCAAACAACAAUAUUUGUUAUUAUUCCACAUUUGAUGAUAAACUCAUCUCAACAUUUCCUGGUCAUACUGACCGUGUUACAAACUUGGAGGUUUCUCCAAUUGAGGAUUUGUUUGUGAGUACAAGUUACGAUAAAACUUUGAAGCUUUGGGAUAUCCACCGUACACCUCGAUGCCUUGGAUCAUUAGACUUACCUUCAGCUGGCUUGCCAGCAUACGAUCCUACAGGACUCGUUUUCGCAGUAGCCUGUCAUUCCCUGUCUUGCAUUUUUCUAUAUGAUGCUCGAAAAUAUGAUACUGAACCAUUUUCUACGUUUUAUAUUAAUGACUCUAGAUAUCUAUCUCGAUUUUCUUUCCCUCCCAUGAUGCCUGAAUGGCGACAUAUGGAAUUUUCCAACGAUGGCAAGUUCAUUCUUCUGUCUACUCGUGCAAAUGUACAUUAUGUUUUGGAUGCAUUUUCUGGAGAAAUUGUUUCACGACUUGAUGGAUUUCAAGACGUGCCUUCUUCUGACGCUUCUUUGGGUAGUUCCGUGACAUUCGCACCUCAGGCGCCUUUCAUAAUUGGAGCUGCUAACGAUAAAACAAUUAAUGUUUGGAAUCUCAAGCACCCAUCUCAUCACAAAGGUAAAUCUAAUCCUCCACAGCGUCAGAUCGUCGCUCAAUCGCUCGUCAAACCUUUCAUUGUCAAACAUAAUCCCCGUUUUCACCAAUUCGUCACUGGCGGUUCGCAAUUAGUUUUCUGGCUUCCAGAAGAAUACGAAUAAAUAAUUUAAGUUAAUUAGUCAUUUAACAAACAUUCCUUUGUUCUCUUUUCUUUUUGGCCUCUGCUCAACCUUCGUUCACAGAGUGAAAUACCGUUCGUUCCUAUGGUUGGAAAUUCAUUUUGCGUGAUUCAUGACCAUUUGUAUUCAUGUUCUCUGUUCUCCCCAAAGACUUUUUUUUUUUUUUUUUUUUUUUUAUUAAUUAUUCUGAGAAUGAGCAGCCCGCCAAACUUACUGCAGCAAACGAAUACUUUAGCUUAUAAUAAUUCUGUGUGUUCUCUUCCUUCUA